AUGUAUAACUUUCCUGGAGGACAAUACGGCCGCCCGCCAGGCUAUGGCGCCUUUCCCGGCGCUCAAGGCGCGCCGCCAGGCAUGGCACCUCCGCCAGGAAUGGGCCCGCCCCCAGGAGCCAUGCCAGCCCCCGGUGUCACGCCUCCUCCCGGUAUCCAGCAGUCUCAAUCGCCGCUGCCCGCGCGCCCGGGCAACCUGCCCCCGAACUUUGCUCCGCCAGCUGGAAUGCCGAACAUCAACUUCAACGCCCCAGUCAUUCGCUUGGGAACCACCGGACCGAGCGCAAAGGGAGAUGACCGCAAGGGAGCUGGCGAAUCUGCCUCGGGAGGUGCCAGACGUGCCGGCUUGGGCAGCGACUAUCGCGGCUCGGACUCGCGGACACAACAACGCGAGUCGAUGAUGUCGCUGCAGCCUCCCACACGGGAGGAAAUUGCACGCACCAUCUUCGUAAGCAAUAUCACUGAAGGUGUUGGCGGUGAUGAGGGGUUGGAGAGGAUUCUACGUUGCGCAGGCAGCUUGCGCCGGUGGACGAGGGCAACGGAUGCGGACAACAAGCCUUGCAAGUUUGGCUUCGCCGAGUUCGAGGAUGCCGAGAGCUUAGAGACGGCCGCCGCUAUAUUUCAGGAUGGCAUUGAGGUUCCGGCCAAGAAGCAGGAGCCUGGCAAGGGUGAGGACGAGGAGGUUGAGAUGGCGCGGCUUUUGGUCGUCGUCGACGAGGCUUCCAUGAAGUACGCCGAAGAGUGGAAGGGCAAGCGUGAUGAGGACGAGGCCGCUUCCCAAUUCCGCAUUGAUACUGCCAAGGAAGCUCUGACUGGUGUCCUGGCUAGUCUCAAGAACCCUCGCGAGAGCCUUACCGAGGAUGCAGACGGAGAUGUUAAUAUGGCAGGUUCUGAGACCAAGGUAGACGGUGCAACUGGUGAAGUCGUCACCAUCCCUCUAACAGUCGAGGAUGAACUGUCGGAUAUCCCGCCCGAGAUGCGUGAAACUGUUGCAGCGGAAAUUGCAGCUUUCCGUGACAGAAGCGUUCGCCGGGAUAUGGAACGUCUGGCGCGUGAGGAGGAGAUUGAGAAACUGGAGCGCCAGAAGAGUUCGGGGGCUCGCUAUAACCGUCUCGCUUCGCCGCCUGCUUCGGCUCCCAGCGGUCCAGCCGGUGGAGCUAAUGGUAUCCCUCUUGGUCCCAGCAAACGCGGUGUCGAGGGCGCUCCUAGUGGCCCGAAAGCCUUCCAGGGAGCUCAAAUUCCCAAGGACUACCAAAACGGCGUCGCUUUCGUUGGUGGUGGUACAAUCUCGGCCAGGGACAUGGCGAAUUGCCCGUACAUCAACCGCGCUGACGAGGAUGAUUCGGCGAGUGAUGAGGAGUUGGAGCAGCGUCGUAGGAAGAAGAAAGAAGAAGAGGAGGAAAAGGCCUACCUUGAGUACGAGCGUCGUUGGGUAAGCCGUGAGACUUCUCGUACCUCUGCUCUGGAACGUGAAGAGGCACGUGAGAAGAAGGAGACAGCCACGCGUGAGGCGGAAGUCGAAGCGAUGCGUAAGAGACUGGCCGAUUGGGACGACGACGCUGAGGCAACUCGCCGCACCGAGGAGUACUACGCGGACAGGACUAUGUGGCUACGCAACAGGUCUGCGUUCCGUGCGCGUGAGUCUACUGCGGACGACAAGGACCGCAGCGCGGAAGAGCGCGAAAAGCAGAAGGAAAAGGAGAAGAACCAGGAAGCUCGCGACCUGGCCGACUCGUUCCUAUCCCAGACGGCAAAGGACAUCGCCGACCGGAAUACGCCCACAACACCCCGCGAGCCGCCGCGUUUCAAGAUGUCCCUUGGUGCUGCCGCCUCCCAGCGUGCUCAGCAAGCGGCGCCACGCCGUACCGCUGCCGAAGUCGAGGGCUUGCUCGAGGACGAAGAGGAUGCCGCCUCGGCCAAUGCUCAACCUCGCAAACUUAUUCCAAUCAAAUUCGACAGUUCAGACGUGGCCACCAUGUCAGAGGAAGAGCGCCAGCAGGCAGCGCAGCAGCUUGCUCGCGAGAUCCCCGUGGAUCGCGACGGCCUGUGGGCCUGGGAAGUCAAGUGGGAUCACCUGCUGGACGAAGUUGUCAGCGAACAGCUGCAGCCGUUUAUUGAGAGGAAGAUUGUGGAACUGCUCGGGAUCCAGGAGCAGGCUAUUGUAGAGGUUAUCCUUGAGCACAUCCGCAAGAAGGCCAAGCCCCAAGACUUGGUGGAUGAGCUGUCAAUGGCGCUCGACGAGGAAGCCGAGGAACUGGUCCGCAAGAUCUACCGCAUGAUCAUUUUCUUCACGGAGAGCGAGAAGCGUGGUCUUUCUGCGUGA